AAACGAAAUGAUGGAAGGGACAAAGAUAUGAGGCAACAUAGUAGAUUGAUAAUUGCAACGUGAAAUAGUCCUAUGUCAACGGUGGCCACCACCACCACCUGGUCCUUCUACUUCUACAAAAUGGAAAAGAAAAGAAAAUCACACACAACACAAAACACCUGAGAGAGACGCACACAGUUAUUUCCUCUCUUUCCAUUUUCCAUUCAUUAAUUUUUAAUUUCCAAACCACAAUUAAUUUGGGUCUUUUUAGGGUUUGUUUAUUCAUCCUUAAUAAUACAAUUUUAUGCAGUUUUCUUAUAAUGAAUGAUGAAUUCAUAACAAAAACUAUGUAAAUCUAUUUGUUUUUGGGUUUUAUGCAUUCAAUUUUCCCCAUUUCAUGUUCCUGGGUUGUUCCGUGAUUAGAAAAGUGACAUAUUUUUUGCCUAAGAUUUUGGUUAUACAAUGAAGCUCAUGGUUCGUGUGAUUGAAGCAAAUAACUUGGCAGCCAUGGAUUCCAAUGGGGUAAGUCAUUUCUACGUGCGGGUACAGUUGGGAAAGCACAAGUUCAGGACCAAAGUGAUUAAGAACGAUUUGAAACCAAAGUGGGAUGAACAGUUUAGUUUUUGGGUUGAUGACCUCAAAGAUUCACUUGUUAUCUCUGUCAUGGAUGAAGAUAAGUUCUUCAAUAAUGACUUGGUGGGGCGCCUUAAAAUUCCAGUCUCACAAGUUUUCGAGGAGGAUAUUAAAUCUCUUGGCAAUGCUUGGUAUUCUCUCAAAUCCAAAAAAAAGAAGUCCAAGAUCAAGGAAUGUGGUGAGAUUUAUCUGAGUAUAUCCCUUUGCCAAAAUAAUACAUCUCCAGAGUCAAAUGGUAUUGGUGAUCAGAUGCUCCACCCAAGAAAAUGUGUUGAUGCAACUCCUGAUUUUUCUACGAAAUCUUCCUUUGGCCGUUCAAACUCAUCUUCUCCUGCAAGGGAAGAAAUAACAUCUACUAAGGAUGAAAAAUCGUGUUCACAAAAAUCACUUGCUGGUAGACUUGCUCAAAUAUUUAAUAAAAGUUCUGAUAUGUCUUCAAUUUCACCCAGUACAAGCAUGGAUUUAGACUUAUCAGACACAGAUAAAACUGAAGUUUGCGAGCCAAAGACUGAGGAUCCAUCCUCUAAUGACACUUUUGAAGAACUUGUCAGAAAAGUGCAGUCUGCAGAUCAAGGAAGUGAAAUUCCUAGCAACUUAUCUGGAGGGGUGCUUAUAGAUCAAUUAUACAUUAUUGCACCAGAAGAAUUGAAUGUAUUAUUGUUUUCACCCGAUUCUAAUUUUCCCAAGUCAUUGGCAGAUGUACAGGGUACCACAGAACUGCAAAUAGGUCUUUGGAAGUUAGAGAAUGACGGAGAAAGCUUGAAAAGAUCCCUUACUUACAUCAAAGCUGCCAGUAAAUUAAUCAAGGCAGUAAAAGGCUAUGAGGAACAAACUUAUUUGAAAAUUGAUGGGAAGAACUUUGCAGUUCUGGCAAGUGUCAGCACUCCGGAUGUUAUGUAUGGAAGCACGUUUAGGGCAGAAUUACUUUAUGUGAUCACACCAGGACCAGAGUUGCCAUCUGGAGAACAGUGUUCGCGUCUCGUGAUAUCAUGGCGAAUGAAUUUUUUGCAAAGCACCAUGAUGAAAGGGGUGAUAGAAAAUGGAGCUCGGCAAGGUAUGAAGGAAAGCUUUGUUCAGUAUGCCAUUUUGUUAUGCCAAACUGUUAAGCCUGUUGACUCCAAGGACCUUGGUUCCGGCAAGGAACAAGCUUUGGCAUCAUUACAGGCAGAGCCCCAGACAGAUUGGAAGAUAGCACUGCAAUAUUUUGCUAACUUCACAUUUGUCUCAACUUUCUUAAUGGGGUUGUACCUUCUUGUCCAUAUUUGGUUGGCUACACCUGACACAAUUCAAGGGCUUGAGUUUAUUGGGCUUGACUUGCCCGAUUCAAUUGGUGAAUUUGUUGUUUCUGCUAUCUUGGUACUUCAAGGUGAACGAAUGCUGGGUUUAAUCUCACGUUUCAUGAAGGCUAGAGCACGAAAAGGUAGUGACCAUGGAAUUAAAGCACAAGGAGAUGGAUGGUUGCUAACUGUGGCCUUAAUUGAAGGAAGCAAUUUAGCUGCUGUUCAUUCUAGUGGGUUUUGUGAUCCUUAUGUGGUGUUUACUUGCAAUGGGAAAACAAGAACAAGCUCGAUCAAGUUCAAGAAAUCUGAUCCUUUGUGGAAUGAAAUAUUUGAAUUUGAUGCGAUGGAUGACCCUCCUUCUGUACUAGAUAUGGAAAUUUAUGAUUUUGAUGGACCCUUUGAUGAAGUUGCAUCUCUAGGACAUGCUAAAAUCAAUUUCCUCAAAACGAACAUCUCAGAUCUUGCUGAUAUUUGGGUUUCUCUUGAAGGAAAGUUGGCUUUGGCAUGUCAAUCUAAGUUGCAUUUAAGAAUUUUCUUGAACAACACUAGGGGUGGGAAUGUUGUAAAACACUAUAUAAGUAAAAUGGAGAAAGAAGUGGGUAAAAAGAUUAAUUUGCGGUCUCCUCAAACAAAUUCAGCCUUUCAGAAACUCUUUGGGCUCCCACCUGAGGAAUUCUUGAUCAAUGACUUCACUUGUCAUUUGAAAAGGAAAAUGCCCCUGCAGGGCCGCCUAUUCGUCUCAGCAAGAAUAAUUGGGUUUCAUGCAAAUUUGUUUGGACACAAGACAAAAUUCUUUUUGCUUUGGGAAGACAUUGAAGACAUCCAAGUCAUUCCUCCUACAUUUUCAUCAAUGGGUAGUCCAAUAAUAGUCAUAACUCUUAGGCAUGGUAGAGGUGCGGAUGCAAGGCAUGGUGCAAAAACACAGGAUGAACAAGGCCGACUUAAGUUCCGUCUCCAGUCCUUUGUGUCUUUCAAUGUAGCACACAGGACUAUCAUGGCUCUCUGGAAGGCCAGAUCCUUGAGUCCUGAACAGAAGGUCCAAUUAGUUGAAGACGACUGUGAAACAAAGAGCACUAACAGUGAAGAGAGUGGGUCAUUCAUUGGCCUUGAUGAAGUUAGCAUGUCUGAGGUUCAUUCUUGUGCUCUUUCGGUUCCUGUCAGUUUCUUUAUAGAGCUAUUCAAUGGGGGUGAGUUGGACCGUGGGGUCAUGGAAAAAUCUGGUUGUGUUAAUUAUUCUUACACCCCUUGGGUAUCUGAGUAUAGUGAUGUCUAUGAGAGGGCGAUAUAUUACAAGUUUGAGAAGCGUAUUUCACAUUAUAGAGUUGAAGUAACUAGUACUCAACAAAAAUCUAUUUUGGAUGAAAAGAGUUGGCUAUUGGAAGAGGUCAUGAACUUCCAUGGAGUCCCUCUUGGAGAUUAUUUCAAUCUGCACCUUCGCUAUCAAAUCGAUGAUUCACCCGGGGAAGCACAGGGAUGUAAAGUAAAAGUAUUUUUUGGAAUUGAAUGGCUGAAAAGUACAAAACAUCAGAAAAGGAUUACAAAGAACAUCCUGAAAAAUCUACAGGAACGUUUAAAGUUGACCUUCAGUCUAGUAGAGAAGGAGUUUUUGGCAAAAUAGUGAAUGAGUUAUGCUGAAUUUGACCUUGCACAACCAGUCUAUAAUGAAGAUGAAAGUUGCUCAGGUAUAACGAUGGUGAUUUGCAACCAAAACUGUCCUUCAAACCAUAGUAUUGACUUGUAGCAUCUUUGGAUUUACCUCUAGUUCUCUUUCAGCAGAAUCAAUAAUGUAACCCAGAAGCUGCCCACAGAAGCUUCUUCCCAGAAUGUAUUUUGGCUUCAAAAUCAAUUGUAGAAGGAUUUUUCAGCAUGCGAUCACUUGGAGAUAUUACUAACUUUGUAAAUUACUAGUCGGUACCUAGCAGAAGAUACUCAGAUUGUAUGAGCAGUUACAAGCAAUCCAGCUUCUGGUUUUGUUAUCUCCUGUCACCAUUUAGAUGAUAAGUUCUCUGGUUAACAAUGGUCCAGUAUCUUGUAUCAUAGCUAGUUUUGUCUUUUGCUUUCAAAAGUAUAGAUACUGUUAAAGAGAAGUUUUGAUCAAUGUGCUUGUUGUAAACAAAUUUUUGAGCUCAAGUGCAAUGGAAGUCAUCAGCAUAUGUGUGUCUUCUUUAUCACA